UUACGAGAUUCGGUAAGCUUCACUCUCAUUUAUAUCCUUGUGUUCGCUCAAAGCCGAACCGGUACUGUGAGGACUAAAUUCUUUCCUGGCCAUACAACCAUACCCUUUUACCAACAAACCUUCAAUAAUUGACUAGGCUUCACACAAUGAAUAAUGUGUCGAAUGUCUGCCACGAUGAGCUUUUCGGGCCAGCCGUCGCCAUGGAGUCUUGUCGAGGCGGGUUCGACUUCACAGUGCUAUUUGAAGAAAGCGUCCUGUCUAUCCCACUUUCGGCUGGAUUUCUCCUGAUUGCCCCUAUUCAGGUGGCCCGUAUCUUCAAAGCCGUUUCGGCUGUGAGGCCAUCACUACUUCUAUCGAUGUUCAAACUUGUGUCGACUCUCGUUUAUGCCGGACUCAACUUAGCCUUGCUGAUCUUGUGGGCUUCGGGACAUGGAUUUACCACUCGCGCAACCCUGGCCUCAUCCGUGUUAAGUCUCUGCGCCGCUCUCGUCCUCGCUGUCCUGUCGCAGGUUCAACAUGGCAAAAGCCCACGGCCGUCUUUCAUAAUCACUGGUUAUCUCAUAAUUUCACUACCCCUGAACGGCGCGCGCGUCCGAACCGCCUGGCUCAUGGCAUCGGACAAACAUCUCAUGCCAGCUAUUCUCACCGCUGCUCUAGCCGUCCAGGUUCUGAUUCUCGUCUUAGAGACCAAGAACAAAAGGAAAAUCCUGGCUGGUGUGUAUCGCAGCUUCUCACGCGAGGCAACAAGUGGCCUCCUCAGUCGUGGGCUUUUUUGGUGGUUGAAGUACUUGCUUUCUGAUGGAUACCGGCGCAUCUUGGCCGUUGAAGAUCUCGAGUCCAUCAAUGAAAAGCUUAGAUCUUCCAAGCUUUCGAGUGAGCUACAGGUUCGUUGGAUGAAGAAAAAGAAAGUAGACCGCAGUCGGCACAAGCACGCCUUAGCUCUGGCUACGCUUUCGGCCUGGCGGUUGGAGGUUGCCAAGAUUGCGCUUCCUCGUCUUUGUCUGAUUGGACUUAGCCUUGCACAGCCUUUCCUCAUCCGCCAGAUCGUAGAGACUAUAUCGGCUCCUGUCAGUCAGCAAAGCUCAAGCCAAGGAUAUGGCUUGAUCGGUGCCGUGGCUUUAGUCUAUACAGGGAUACCCAUUGCGACAGGCUUUUAUCAGCACCUUUCCUUUCGACUCAUGGCCAUGGUCAGGGGCGGCCUCACUUCCCUGAUCUAUGACAAGAUUGUGCAAUCGCCGUCGACGCAAGUCGGUGACUCUGCUGCGAUGACCUUGAUUAGUACAGACGUCGAACGAAUCUGCGAGACAUGGCAUCUUGCGGUCGCCGAAAGUUGGGCGAGUGCCAUUCAGCUUGCUUUUGCUGUGUGGUUUUUACAGAUGCAAAUCAGUCCCGUUUGUGUCACUCCAGUCAUCGUCGCGCUGGUGGCGACCGCCAUGUCAGUCAGAGCGGCUGGGUUUGUGACUGCCCGCCAGAAGGUCUGGCUCGAGGCGAUUCAAGCCAGGAUUAAUUUUACCGCACAUGUCCUAGGCUCGAUGAGAAGUGUCAAGAUGUUGGGGCUUAGCAACAAAUUUGAAUCUCUCAUACAGGGUAUGCGUGUUACUGAGCUGGACCUCUCCAAGAGGUUCAGGCGCUUGUCCAGCUUCAAUGUCUGCCUUGUAAACUUACCCUCGCUUUUCUCCCAGUUCUUCACAUUCGCGAUCUUUGCAAUCGCCGCCAAAGUUCAGGGUAACAGCUUUGUGACGGUGUCGCAGGCAGUCACAGCCCUGUCCAUUCUCUCCGUCCUCAUGGAGCCUCUGGGCAUGAUGUUAGUGGUGAUUCCUCAGGCAUAUGCUGCCUUGGGUUGCUUUCAAAGAAUCCAGGACUUUCUUGCUAGCGAGUCCUGGGACAACAAACGACUGUCUGAGUGCCCGCUAGAAACAACGAAUCUGGAGAGCCACGAUGAGUCGGAAAUGUUUCAGACGCCCCCGGGCAACAACCAUGUGGAAAUGAUUCAACGUCCACAAUCAACACCCAAAAAGCCUCUUCCUCAUACGAUCUUCAACUCCGACCAUGUGAUCAUCCAUAAGGCUACCGUUGGCUGGCAAGGCUCCAGCCAUGUAAUCAAAGACCUGUCACUGCGCAUUGGCCAAAAUCAUCAUCUCACAGUCAUUUUGGGACCAGUCGGCUGUGGCAAGUCUACAAUUCUAAAGGCCAUUCUCGGCGAAGCCACCAUAUUCAACGGCUCUGUCUGGGUCAGUAGCAAGGAGCUAGCCUAUUGCGAUCAAAGCCCGUGGGUUUCGAACGGCUCCGUCCGAGAAAACAUUGUCUCGGGAACUGACUUCGACGCUGCUUGGUACAAUACUGUCAUUCACGCUUGCGCUUUACAAGUGGAUAUGCUGCAGUUAUCGGACGGUGACGCGACGAAUGUCGGUAGCAAAGGGGUUUCGCUCAGCGGUGGGCAGAAGCAACGCCUGACGUUAGCUCGGGCACUCUAUGCGCGCAAGCCUAUCGCUGUCCUGGAUGAUGUACUGAGCGGCCUGGAUGCCGCCACCCACGACAUCGUCACCACGCGUGUCUUCGGAGCUGAUGGACUGAUCCGGAAGCUGGGUAUGGCAGCCAUUUUGGCCACGCAUUCUGUUAAUGUAUGCGCCAUCGCGGACCAAACUAUCGUCCUUGACGACCAAGGACAAAUCAUUCAGCAGAGCUCAUCUGAGAAUAUAACUUCUCUUGCGCCACAGCUAGCCGGAGACGAUGGAUUUUCGGCGAGCUCAGGAAACAGCCCACCUCCCAAAGUGUCAGCUGGUGAAACUCAGGGCUCAAGCACGAAACGAGAUAACAACAGACAGGUAGGAGACUUGUCCAUCUAUCUAUACUACUUCUCGUCUUUGGGAUGGCUUAGCUUUGCCUUGUUCGGUAUCUUCGUAGCUUCAAACGUGGCAUUCAGCACUUUGCAAUAUGCAUGGAUCACACUGUGGGCCCGAAACAGCGACGGAUCGCAAGCAUCACGGCUUGGCUACUGGCUUGGGUUAUAUGCACUUUUUAGUGUUUUUACUGCGGCCGGUCUUAUUUCUGCGGUCUACUACAUGUACGUGGUGAUCGUACCUAAGUCUGCACAUUCUCUCCACUUGACUGUGCUUCGGGCAGUUAUACGAGCUCCAAUGUCUUUUCUCGCCAAGACCGACACUGGGGUGUUGGUUAACAGAUUUAGUCAAGACAUGCAACUGGUUGACAUGACCUUACCCGGGGCACUCGUGAAUGCGAGCUUUCAGCUUGCUGCGUGUUUCGCAGUUGCAGCGUUGGCCAUUAUCGCUGUUUCCUACUUCGCAGCUGUACUGCCCUUCGUCGCCUGCGCUCUUUUCUUCCUCCAGCGCUUUUAUUUAAGGACAUCUCGGCAGCUUCGACUACUAGACCUGGAAGCGAAAGCACCUCUUUAUUCUCACGUUCUGGAGUCUCUCCAGGGCAUCGCCACUAUUCGAGCAUAUGGCUGGACGAGCAACCACGUCGCCAAGAAUCUCGCCCUCCUCGACAGGGCCCAGAAGCCUUAUUACUUGCUCCUCUGCAUUCAACGAUGGCUGACUCUUGUAUUGGGGCUGACGGUCGCUGGCCUCGCGAUACUGCUCACCAGCCUAGGUGUCACGCUCCGCAGCAGACUGGACGCCGGUUUCCUCGGCGUUGCCCUUGUCAGCAUGAUGAAUCUUGGCCAAUCCUUGGCUGCCCUUAUCACCUUUUGGACAUUGCUUGAGACGUCCUUGGGUGCCAUUUCGCGCGUGAAGGCUUUCUCCGAGGAUACUCCGACCGAGAAACCUCGCGAGAUCGUGGAUACAAGAAUUCUCGCUGGCUGGCCGUCUCAAGGAUCGGUUGUCGUUGAGAAUUGGUCGGCUCACUAUAACGGGUAUCCAUAGGGUUAGGGUUAGGG